UACAAUCGUCAAAACAAUUGAGAAUAUAUUGCAUGAAGUUUUAUGCAACGAAAUCAAUUGUUUUGACGAUCGUACUGUUAACGGCUAUUAUUUUUUAACGUAAAUAGUAAAUUGGUCGGUAAAUUGGAGUAGUUCGAUAAAAGGUUUCAUUUACCUUAAUACUAGUUCUACUGCUUUCGAAGAAAAAAAGUGCGCCACUGCAUGUCAAAUCAGCUGAUCAACAAAUCGUUUGAUCUGUAAAAAAGAACGAAGUAGUGAAUUAUGGGCGUUUGGCUUGGCGUAGCGCUUGUCGCAUUUGUUUUAAUAAUAGUCUUUUUAUUAAUAAAACAAUUAUUCUGGAAUGCACAAUUAAAAAAUGUCAAGAAUAAACAUGUAGUCAUAACUGGUGGUUCCAGUGGUAUCGGAAAACAUGUAGCAAUUAUUGCUGCAAAACAUGGAGCAAAUGUUACGAUAAUUGCAAGAGAUAUUCAAAGAUUAGAGGCGACUAAAAAUGAAAUAUUGCACGCUUGUGAAAACAAAGAUGUGCAAAGAGUGGAAUAUCUAUCCUUAGAUAUUGGAGCAAAUUAUGAAAAUGUUGAAAAAGCAGUGGCCGAUCUUGAGAGAACUAUGGGACCAAUUUACAUGCUUGUAAAUUGUGCUGGUACCGCAAUCUGUGGUAAAAUAGAAGACACCACCUUAGACAGUCUAAAUAAAAUGAUUAAUAUAAAUUUUCUUGGUGCAUAUUACUGCAUCAAAGCUGUAGCGCAGAGAAUGAAAGCUUCCAGAGAAGGAAUGAUUGUUCUUACAUCAUCUCAAGCUGCAAUGUUGGGUAUCUUUGGUUACUCUGCUUAUUGUAGCACCAAAUUUGCACUCCGCGGUUUGGCAGAGAGCAUAGCAAUGGAACUACAGCCAUACAAUGUUUCUGUAACUCUCUGUUUGCCACCGGACACAGAUACACCUGGUUUUGCCGCCGAGGAAUUAUCAAAACCGCUGGAAACGCGACUGAUAUCACAAGCAGCAAAGUUAGUAACACCUGACGUUGUCGCUGACAAGCUUUUCAAGGAUGCGCUGGCAGGUAAAUUUUUUUCUACAGUUGGUUUCGAAGGUUUCAUUCUGACUACAGUAUGCUCCGGAAUGUCGCCGUUUUCUUCGAUUUGCGAACUAUUGUUGCAAGCAUCACUGAUGGGCUUCCUGCGAAUUGUUAGCGCAUUCUACCUCAUCUCUUUUCAAAAGAUUAUUCUUAAUUGCAUGAAAAUGCGUAAUGAAAAUAAAAAAUCUGAGUGAAUUUUCGUACGUUGUGAUUUCUAAUUAAAGAUCAAUACGAUCUUAUUCCAAUGUAAAGCAUUUAUCAUAAUUAUAAUAAAUUUUUCGCUAAAUAA